GUACCGUUACGCAACAAACCUUUCAAGGGUCUGGAACAUAAAGCAAAGAAAAAAAGUGUGUUGAGCACAGGAUGUUACGAUUCAAACAUUGACAGUGAGGAUGAGUAUUAGGUGUGUAUCGGCAUGUCAGUGUAUAUAAAUCGCGUAUGGAACGUUACAUAUUUCUUUGCAAACCAUGCCCCUUGUAGAAUCUACGCUACGUAACAGCAUACCCUGUAGGCAGAGCUGAGUUAAUGAUGGUCGGAUAAUAGUGGCCUGUGCGGAUCGCUGCUUUAUGACCAAUAAUAGUAGGGCUCAGCAGGGCAGCCAGGCUAAGCACCUUAGAGAGCAAUGGCAACAACGACAGCAGCAGCAUCAUCCGGAGGACCAGGUACGGUGGGCAGUGUGAACCACCUUGCUUCUGUACCAAGGCAUCCGCACCCUGGUCCGAGUGAGAGCAUGAAGGUAGCGGUACUGCGCUCUGGGCACACAACGGAACGCAUAGAGGCACACGAGGAGAUCUCGUUUGCAUACCAGCGCAGUAGAGAGAAGGAGUGUAAUGUGUGCUUGGAGGUGGUAUUAGACAAGGACAUUCCAAAGGAGCGUAGAUUCGGAAUUCUAACCAAAUGUAGGCACUGUUAUUGUCUCAGGUGCAUCCGCAGCUGGAGAGCGUCCCGCUAUAACGAAACCGCUAAAUUGUGCCCAGUGUGUCGAACCAGAUCACCCUUUUUCGUACCUAGUGAUUACUGGGUUGAUGAUAUAUAUGAAAAGCGUAAACUUAUCAAGAAAUACAAGGCUGGUAUGGCACGUAAACGUUGUCGACACUUUGCUCAAGGUCAGGGUUUUUGCCAGUUCGGAGAUAGGUGCUUCUACAAACACGAACCUAGGUACGCGUAUCCACCUGAAUAUAUGCCUACGUGGGCAAGUGAGCACCCCGGAAUGCGCGGACCGUGGCAGGGGAGUCCACCCGGAGCUACGUGGGGAAGUGAGCACCCCGGAAUGCGCGGACCGUGGCAGGGGAGUCCACCCGGAGCUACGUGGGGAAGUGAGCACACCGGAAUGCGCGGACCGUGGCAGGGGAGUCCACCCGGAGCUACGUGGGGAAGUGAGCACCCCGGAAUGCGCGGACCGUGGCAGGGGAGUCCACCCGGAGCUACGUGGGGAAGUGAGCACCCCGGAAUGCGCGGACCGUGGCAGGGGAGUCCACCCGGAGCUACGUGGGGAAGUGAGCACCCCGGAAUGCGCGGACCGUGGCAGGGGAGUCCACCCGGAGCUACGUGGGGAAGUGAGCACCCCGGAAUGCGCGGACCGUGGCAGGGGAGUCCACCCGGAGCUACGUGGGGAAGUGAGCACCCCGGAAUGCGCGGACCGUGGCAGGGGAGUCCACCCGGAGCUACGUGGGGAAGUGAGCACCCCGGAAUGCGCGGACCGUGGCAGGGGAGUCCACCCGGAGCUACGUGGGGAAGUGAGCACCCCGGAAUGCGCGGACCGUGGCAGGGGAGUCCACCCGGAGUGUACCAGGAAAUGCUGCUUGGGUUACUCAGGGAUGAACGUUGACAUGCUAAUGCUACAGCUCGAAAAGUACAAAACUGAU